AUGUCCGACAGACCGUACGGGAGCGAGGUGGAAAUCGAAAAAUUAGAGUGCGUGGGGCAUAUCCAGAAACGCAUGGGGACAAGACUUAGGAAAUUGAAAACAGCAUUCCGAGGAAGGAAGCUUGAAGAUGGGAAGCCGAUAGGGGGGAGAAAUCGUCCGACAGAUGAGACCAUCGACCGAAUCCAGAGUUACUACGGAAACGCGAUACGAGGAAAUACGAGUGAUGUCGAAAAGAUGAUGAGGGCCAUUUGGGCCAUCUUCAAUCACAUGCAGUCAUCAAACGAAUUCCCCGACCACACUCUUUGCGAAAUUUCCUGGUGCAAGUAUUUGCAACAACCUGAGGAGUGCGACCACAAGCAACACCAGCAUUUACCGCGGUGCCUCAUGGAAGAGCUGCGCGGAACUUUUGAGGACCUGUCUGAUAUUCGCUUGCUCCGAAAGUGCCUGCAUGGCAAAACACAGAAUCCAAACGAGGGUGCGAACCACCUCAUCUGGACGAAACUACCGAAAACGGUUUUCGUAUCACUUCCGAAGCUAAAGAAAGGCGUCCACAUUGCCGUCUCCGAAUUCAACGACGGCCACGUGGCUCUUUGUCGAAUAUUGGAAGCUGGCGGAAUCGCGCCAGAACCGUUCUGUGUACAAACUAUGAGGACCUCAGAUCUGAAGAGGAUUAGGAGAGCGGAAAGGAGCGGAAGACAGGACGUGAAGGAGUCACGAAUCUCCAAUCGCAGACGAAAGAGGAAGCAUGACGAGAUGCUCGCUGAUGCGGAUCAGGAUGAUCCUGUUUACGCGGCGGGAGGCCACUAA